CGCGACCGCGACGAGAUUCGACCUUCGGCGACUGUCGACUACCUGCUACCCAGCGGUGACGCGUGGCGCUACCCAAAACCGUUUUCUUUUUCUAACCAGUCUAUUACACAUGGUAGUACGAAACGUACACAACGAUGGACAUGGAGUUUACAAUUGAUGUGAAACAGCUUAUUGAAGCUGUUCAACAGCGUCCUUGUAUAUGGGAUAUUGACGAUAAUGACUACACAGAUAAAGAAAUAAAGAAGAGGUCUUGGGAAGAAAUUGUAAAUAUAUUUAUUCCAAAGAAAGACGCAACACUUACCGAGAAAAGAGAAUUCGGAUUACAACUUCAUCGCCGUUGGAAAAGCCUUCGAGAUAGUUUCGCAAGAGAGUUGAGAACGCAGAAAAAAAUUAAGUCUCAAGGUGGUCAAAGAAAACGGCCAGUUUAUGUUUACUUUAAUCGGUUAUCAUUUUUGGAAAAAUCUGUUGUAACCCAACCUUUCACCAACUCAUCAAAGACUGACGACGAUCAAAAUUUGGAGACGACGUCUCCAAAUGGAAGAUCACCACCACAAAAAUCAACGAAGCCUGCUUCAAAAAGAAAGAAACUAGAUCCCGUUCCCGCUGGUGAAAAAUUAGUUAUCGCUGCAGAAAACAACGUUCAAACGAGACAAGAACGAGAAGGAGACGUAGAAAAUGAUUCUGAUAGAUUAUUCCUGCUAUCUUUGGUAGAUCCACUGAAACGAAUACCUCAAUAUGCUAGAUUUGGGGUAAAACGGAAAUUGAUGGAUUGCUUGGACCGUGAACUUCAAUUUUAUGGACUGGCGAUCGCUACAGAUGCUCUUCAUUAUCAUUCCAGUGCGACCGACUCUUCUAAUAAUCCUCUCUCUCCAGUGGACCUCCUCAGCCCACCUGCACUCAACGAGACGGAAAUGGAGUUUACUUUAGAAGAUGAACAACUGAAUUUCAAAGUCGAAAGUCUCUCACCAUCUUAUUCGAACUCCUCAGCUAAUACCGAUCCCUUGUCUGAUAACGAAUAAUUUGACGCAAAAUAGGUAUUAGAUGUAGCUGCUUUCAAAUGCAGUGGUGAGAAUAUUUCUGGACGUUAAUGCCUAACCUAACGAAGCAGUGUCGUUCUAAAAAAUAGGUACUUAUCAAUUCCAAUAGGUCAAAUGGUUCAAGAUAGGUCCAAAAAACGUUUUUGUAUAUUUGAAACAAUACGUAUUACAUACAAUAUUAUUAAUCAUUAAAGAUUGUUUUAAUUUUAAAA